AUGGACAUAGAUUCAGUGUUUGAUCACAAAAGCCUGAACAGUGAUAUAAACAUUAACAUUAGCAAUAUUAACGACAACAUCAACAGUCUCAACAACAACAUAAACAACAUCAGUUAUAGCACUUCAAAUGGAGUAUCGUUCAACAGACAUGACAACGAUAUUGAUAAAAUUUUCAACAAGAACGUCAGUACCGACAACAAUAACAACAAUAUCGACAACAACAACAUUUUCGUCAACAACAUCAACAGCAACAAUAAAUUAAAAUCCGAGAGCAUGCAAACAACAAAAUCAGAAACUUCAGCGCAAUUCAACAAAGAAAACACAGUUGAAAUAAUGAGCCAAGAAGAUCACCAAACAGCGAACUGUAGCGAAAUUUUAAACAGUUUCAGCACACCAACAGCACUUAAUAACAAUUCAAACGACAACACUUCUCACGAUAAUUCAUUCCUAGAAAACAUGCCUAUUUUGCAAAAUUCAACUAGCGAUAAGAAUAAAAACGGCAUUAAAAACGAUAAAAGUAUCGAAACAAAAUCAAACAAGAGCAGUGAGAAAAAGAACAACAGCAGCAGUAGCAGUAGCGGUAGUAGUAGUAGUGGUAGUGGUGGUGGUUUAAGUCAUUGCAGAUCUUCUACAACGUCAUCCACACACGUGACAAACAGCGUCAAAGAUUCAACUUCAAUGCCACCUCUGAACGUCUCAGAGAGUAGCACCUCGUCACAUUGUCUGAAGUACUCACACAGCGCUGCCAACAGUUGCGAAACAAAUCUUUUUAAAAUGGGUGUCACCGGCGUUAACAAUCAAAAUAAAAACGACGAGGAUGCAGCCAGUUUUAGUAACAACAACAACAAUAACAACAAUAACAACAACAACAAUAACAACAUCAACAACAACUUCACCAAAAGCAAUGUUAACACUAACAUUAACGAUAUUGGCGACGAGGACGUUAAACUUAGUAGCGGUUUAACAAACCAACGUAAUUCUAAAGCCGGAGCAUCAUCAUUAUCAACCUCAGCUGCAUCAUCAUCAUCACCAUCAACUUCAUCAUGUGUUUCAUCAUCAGCCUCACUACCACCACCAUCAACAACAUCAUCAUUUUUAACAUCGGUUGGAUCAACACUAUCAGCAUCAACAAAAACAUCAUCUUCAUCAGCACUACCAUCUGCAGCUGCAGCAACAACAUCACAAGAAGGUUCUUUUUCAAGUUUCAAUGACCUGAUAACACAACUGACAAAAUCAGAUGAGCAGACGAACAAGAACGAUCUCAUCAAAAGCCGGGAUAAUUUGAAUUUGAAGCAGGCCCUCAAGAGUUACAUCGCUGCUGAAGAUUUCUUUCAAACGGACAACGUAGCCAGCGCACAUCAAUCCAAUGCCAACGACAUUCAACAAUUCAGACGCGAUGAAACUGCAGGUCUGUGCGAUCUUCAAAGUUUCAAUUAUAAAUAUAAUAGAAAUUACAAUGUAAAUAACAACAACGUGCUCGCUCCAUCGUAUAAUUCAUUUUUCGGAAACAAGAUGUUCUCCAGCACUAACAAUAAAAUCAGCGCUGAUGACAAUUUGAGAGAUGAUGAUGAUGAUGAUGAGGUUGGCGGACAUGCGCAUGACAACAAACAAAAAAACAUUCAAACAAAUAAUGGCGACAAAACAAAUAUUAAUGCUAGCAGAAUAGCGAAGAACGUUAUUAAAUACAACAAUAGCGGGGAGAGUCAGAGUAAUGACUCAGGCUCUCGUCCUGACUAUCAAUCUGUCCCGUUCAACAACUACAGCCAUUACAACACUAAUAUCAGCAACAAUGGCAAUAUCAAUAAUUGCAAUCUUGAUAAUACCUCAAAUACAAAAUGCAGCCCAUUUAUGAGCAGCGGCGAUGCGAAGGUGAAUAAUUGCAGGAACCAGCAGGAUAACAGCAACAAAGGGCACUAUGAUGACUCGUCCGAUACAUCGAAAGACAGAGAAUGCAGCACGUUCAACAGAUCAACCGCUGAAUGUAGUGAGCCAGCUGAAAGGAAACAAUCCAUCGAACACGUACAACCGAAUCGAGGAAAGGAGUUCUCCAAUCCUUCUCAGUCGGCCGUUUGUCAGGAUGCCAACGUCCCUGCACUUCAAACUGCUGUUUUUAAUGAUGCUAAUGAUAACAAGGAGGAGGAGGAGGAUGAAGACGAUAGUAAUUGGAAAUAUGUCGAUGACUGUAUAUCGUGCGCAAGGACAACGAUGACAUGCGAUUGGAAGAAAAGUUAUGGAGAUGCCUUGAAAUCAUCAAAAAUAACGAAAACGGAAUCAAGACCACCUGUUCCGUGGUUAAUAAGAUCAAUGACGGAAAGCAACAUUUACAAAAACAAAGAUAUAUGUCCACAAAACGUGAAUAGGAGAAAAAAAUCAACUCCACAAAAAGCUGCAUUUCACCUACAAAGUCAAUUAGAUGCUGACGGCACGCAUUCCAAAUCUUCAUCUGCACAUUCCAUGCAAAGCGAGGCUAAUGAAUUCGUAUUUCCUCAGACUUGCACAAAGACAUCACCAUCCUCGGCUCCACCAUCAACCCCAGUUUCAAAUGCUACAAAGUCGGAAACCAGAUCAAGUAGUACUGCCACCCUCCCGAAAUCGAGCAAACGAACUGUCGAGUCAACAUCCUCUCCGCUACAUUCCUGGCUCAAUUCGAGAGGCUCAACACAGAGACAAGAAUUUAACCAGAUGGACAGUAACUGGCUGAAUGCAUAUUAUACAAAUUUGUUCUUUUCAUCACUGCCGCUGAUGAGUUCGCAUGCUGUCAAUCCGUUUUUUUUACCUCCGUUUUUGCCAUUCUCACAAUAUUUCAACAAUUCAUACAACUUUCUACCAAAGUUUCCGCAAGCAUCAAUUCCAAUCACUCCAACCUCACUGUCAUCUUCAAAAACAAAUUCGCCGUUGAAUAAAUUUGGUUCUCCUGAUAUGUUGAGCAGUAAAAUUGAUGCACCACCUCUUUUGAAAGAUGGGUUAUUAAGUGGAGGCAUCAGCAGAACUCCAGAAGAGAAUUAUCAAUUUUCCAUGUUGCCACCAUUUUGGUUCGGCAAUAACAACGGUGAAGCGACUUUAGACAAAGAAGCUAACAAACUGUCCAACACCCUAGCGACAAAACGCAAACAUGCUCUCGGUAAUGAUUUUGCUGACAGUAACGUUGUCGGUUCAAGCAGCAAUGCGUUAGACUUGUCGAAAAGCAAUAACGGCCCGUCGAGUAAUAGUAAAAAAUCGAAAAAAAUAUCCCAAAGCCAAAUGAGUAAACAAAAUUCAAACGACCCUUCAUAUCAUGGCUUAUUCAAUCAACAAUCUUCAAGCAAGUUAUUCAGCAACCAAAGUUACAAUUAUAUGAAACAAAAUUCAUCAGAUUUCAAAAAACCAGGCAAGCCAGUUUAUGCUUCGUCAUCCAAAAGUGAUGAUGCUGGAUCAAAUAUGAUAAUGAACGGGAAUUUUUCAAGCAAGCCUUCCUUUUGUCAAGGUUUGUUUCCUAACAACUCCGAUUUGUCACCGCAUCGCAACCAGAGCGAAAGAUUUCCGGGCACUGAGUCAAGCUGGCUAUCGAGUGACUUUCUUCUGCAACCUCCACUAUUUUCGGCUCCAAGGUUCUUGAAAUGGUCAGUCCAAGAAUUAGCUGAAUACGUAGCAUCACUGGACGGUUGCGCAGAAACAGCCAGAGCUCUCAAAAAUAAUGGAAUAAGUGGGAGUCAAUUGCCCUACUUGACACUGGACCAUAUGACACAGAACCUAGGUUUAAACAUGGCUUCAGCUCAGAGUUUGAUGACCAUCGUCAGAAAUCUUCUGUCCAUUUCUUUUCCACCUGAUGUCGGGAUGUGA